AUGGAGAGAAAGUGGAAUUACUGGGAAAGAAGAGCCAGGCUGUGGGGAAUGGUGGGCAGAGAACCACAGAGGCAGAGCCCAAGGAACCACUCAAGUGGUGGAGUGACUGCAACAUGGAAGGAAAGUUUUGUGGAUUCAGCUGUAAAACUUACUGAGAAGGUGAAACUGGAAUGCAUAUAUCAAAAAAAAAAAAAAAAAGCUGUGAUAAUCCAGACAUUCUGGAUGAACAAUGUAACUCAUAAAGAAAAUAUAGCUGUCUUGCAUCCAAUCUAUGGCGUACAUCUCAAAGACAAAUACAGUGGAAGAAUUUAUUUUGAAAAUGCUUCCAGGGAAGACAAGCCUUCAUCCUUUAUGAAGAGCACUUUGGAGGAUGUUGGUCUUUACUUUUGCUCCAUUGUAACUUACCCAGAUGGAAUUUUGGAAAAGGUAAUAGAAAUUAUUCAUCCAGGGAAUUGUGCAGUUCCCCCCUCAUUGGCCUCGGCCAAUGAUAGGUCCGACUUGGAGCCAGCUGAAAAUCCUGUGUUUACCAAGCCAGGAGGAAAUGUCGCUUUUACUUGCCCUUAUAUAAUUGGUGAUUCAGUGCAGCAAGUGAUGUGGGAAAGGAUUAAAGCAGAUUGAGUAGAUACUGUUGUUCUGUGCAACUCAUCAGGAAAUCAAAGCUUUGGUUCAGAUUUCAAAGAGCGUAUUCUGGUGGAUCAGGCAAACUCCAUGAUCGUCAUUCAAAACAUUAUCGCCUCUGACUUUGCAAGGUACUGCUGCGUAGCUACUGGAAGAAACAAAACCUGUAAUGUGAUGAGUUUUACUGUGGCUGCAACUUGGGAUCCCAAAUGGUGUAUUAUCUACACAGCUGGAGGAAUUUCUGCUGCUGUCUUCAUAGUUUUCCUACUGAUCUUCUGCAUCACCACUGCUUGUCACAAAAAAAAGAAGAGGAUCACAGAGGCCUUAUAAAAAGCUUUGUACCCUGUAAACAGUUACGGAAGUUCCAAUUUUCAUGGCACAUGGAACACAGAAAGAAGAGAAUAAGAAUCAUCACUCAGGCAGACAGAGGAGAUUUAUGUCAACGGCAAAAAUGUCUCACAGAAACCUGAGAAAACACCAUUAGAUUCCUUCUUAAGAAUGAAGUAA